AUGGUACUUCGGAGCGACAUUCUAAAACCAAUAUGGCACGCCUUCACCGCUCUGGAUUUGGAUAAAACUGGAAAAGUUUCCAAAUCACAACUAAAAGUGCUUUCUCACAAUCUUUGCACUGUGCUGGGGAUCCCUCAUAACUCCAGAGCCCUGGAGGAACAUUUUAAAGACGAUGAUGCAGGGCCCGUGUCUACUCAAGGCUAUAUGCCUUAUCUGAAUAGGUUCAUCUUAGACAAGGCUGAGGGGGAUUUUGACGUUAUGGAAGUAAACAAGAUGUGCUGGACGCUGUGUGUUCGUAAAAACAUGAGUAACAACUUGCUCAUCUCAGACCAGGAUGCCUUCAAGGUGUGGUGUAUUUUCAACUUCUUGUCAGAGGACAAGUACCCUCUGAUCAUUGUGAUAGAGGAGAUUGAGUAUUUCUUGCGGAAAUUGAUGGAUGCUAUGGGAACAGCCUGGAGUGAGGAGAGGUUUCAGGAUUACAAAGUGCAACUGAGCAAAAGAGGCAGUGUCCUGAAUGCAUGGGAGCUGAUAGAGCUGGUUUGCUUGGGCCACUUCACUAAGAGACUGGACCGUCAGACUGUCUCCAUGGGAAUUCAUGAAGUGUUCCAGGAGCUCAUCUUGGACGUUCUUAAACAGGGAUAUAUGACAAAGAAAGGUCACCUGAGGAAAAACUGGACAGAGCGCUGGUUUGUGCUUCAGCUUAACUGUAUUACGUAUUAUGUGAGUGAGGAUCUAACUGAAAAAAAGGGGGUCAUUCCACUGGAUAGAAACUGUUCUGUUGAGAUUUUGCCAGAGAAAGAAGGAAAGAGAUGUCUGUUCAUUGUCAGAUGUGCUGACAAAAGUUUUGAGAUCAAUGGUACUGAUAAAAAGAGAAGACAAGAGUGGAUUCACGCCAUCCAGGGCUGCAUCAGCAGGCUGAGGCAGGGUCUCCCUACCCCACACAGGGAGGCUCGUGACAGGCGCAGGGAACUCAGGAGCAGAAUGCAGGUGGAGCAGGAAGACCUGGAAGUGAAGAUGAUGCAGCUCCAGCUUGCAAAUGAAACCAAACAGAAAGAACUGGAGGCCAUGAGAAAGAAACUAGAGGAAGCCGCAGCCAUGGCAGCCCUGGAGGAACAGAGACGAGUCCAGACUCAGUUGGAGCUGCAGAACCAUUACAAAAUGGACCUGGAGAGAGAGAAAAUGGUUCGUCUUAAGAUGGAGGAACAGGUAGCUCAGAAGUCUAAUGAGCUGGAGCAGUACCUUCAGCGUGUGCACGAGCUGGAGGACAUGUACCAUCGGCUGGAGGAGGCACUAGAGGAUGAGAGACGUGCCAGACAGGACGAGGAAGCCCUGCGCAGGCUGCAGGCCAAACUGCUGGAGGAGGAAGUCAGUAAGAGGGCAGAGUUGGAACAGAUUCACCUGCAGCAGCAGCAGGCUAUCUCUCAGACUCAGGCAGAGAAGGAGGAGCUAGAGAGAGACCAGCUGACCAAGGAGAGUGCUCUGCAGGCUGCUAUGCAACAGCUGGAGAACCUGGAGAGGAGGAGACAGGGCGCACAAGAGGAGUAUGAGGCAGUGACAAAGAAACUGACCCAGGCAACCAUUAAGACCAAGAGCUGGAAAGACAAGGUUGCCCACCAUGAGGGGCUAAUUCGUCUCAUUCAACCGGGGCACAAGGAGCCUGUCAAGAUGACCAACUGGGGUCCUUCAGCCUUUACAGAUGCAGAAUUGGAAAUGAGAGAGAAGAACUGGCAGCACAGGAAGAAUAAGACUGCUGAGAAUCAGUAG